UAAGAGCCCGGGGAAGCCGCCUCUCGGCCCCAAUUGGUGUGGCUGCGCCGGGAAUUUCCGGGCCAGACCGUGCGUGUUUCCGGUCAAUAUGGCGGCGCCCAGCAGAGUCAGGUGCGGGCGAGUCUAUCUUCGGUAGCGGCGGCGACACGAGGCUCGGCAGACCCCCAGGAGUCGACCCUUCAGGACGCCAGAGCUCCUUCAGCGGUGACCACCCACUACCCCAACAAGUUCUUUCUUUCUUCGCAAACUGCCCAUGGCGAACCAGGGCUCCGGGGGCAGUCGCCUUCCCCUGGCGCUGCCCUCAGCCUCCCAGGAUUGCUCGUCAGGGGGCAGCGGCUCCUCCGAGGGCGGCUCGGGCCAUCCCCCGCCCCCGCGAAACCUCCAAGGCCUGCUGCAGAUGGCCAUCACGGCGGGCUCUGAAGAGCCAGACCCACCUCCAGAACCCAUGAGUGAGGAGAGGCGCCAGUGGCUGCAGGAGGCCAUGUCGGCCGCCUUCCGUGGCCAACGGGAGGAGGUGGAGCAGAUGAAGAACUGCCUCCAGGUGCUGUCCCAGCCCACGCCCUCCUCGGCUGGCGAGGCUGAACUGGCUGCUGACCAGCAGGAGCGCGAGGGAGCCCUGGAGCUGCUGGCGGACCUGUGUGAGAACAUGGACAACGCAGCAGACUUCUGCCAGCUGUCGGGCAUGCACCUGCUGGUGGGCCGCUACCUGGAGGCGGGGCCGGCGGGGCUGCGGUGGCGAGCAGCACAGCUCAUCGGCACGUGCAGCCAGAAUGUGGCUGCCAUCCAGGAGCAGGUGCUGGGCCUCGGCGCCCUGCGCAAGCUGCUGCGCCUGCUGGACCGGGACCCCUGUGACACGGUGCGCGUCAAGGCCCUCUUCGCCAUCUCCUGCCUGGUCCGGGAGCAGGAGGCCGGGCUGCUGCAGUUCCUCCGCCUGGACGGCUUCUCCGUGUUGAUGCGGGCCAUGCAGCAGCAGGUGCAGAAGCUCAAGGUCAAGUCGGCGUUCCUGCUGCAGAACCUGCUGGUGGGCCACCCUGAACACAAAGGGACCCUGUGCGCCAUGGGCAUGGUCCAGCAGCUCGUGGCCCUCGUGCGGACAGAACACAGCCCCUUCCACGAGCACGUGCUUGGAGCCCUGUGCAGCUUGGUGACAGACUUCCCCCAGGGCGUGCGGGAGUGCCGAGAGCCCGAGCUGGGCCUGGAGGAGCUUCUGCGGCACCGGUGCCAGCUGCUGCAGCAGCAUGAAGAGUACCAGGAGGAGCUGGAGUUCUGUGAAAAGUUGCUACAGACCUGUUUCUCCACCCCAACUGAUGACAGCAUGGAUCGGUGAAACCCAGUGGCUUCUCUCCCCUUCUUCAUGGGAACCCCAGGCCUCCUGCCUUCCCCUCACCCAUGAAGCCCUCUCCCAAAGGAGAGAAGGGCCUUGUUGGUGCCGUGCCGGGGCGUGUCAGCCUGUCUCUGCUCAGUCCCCAGGAUGGGUACUGAAAAAGGCGCUGCCUCCCUGGAUCCCACCUCUCACGCACUCUCACUCCACUCCCCCUUCUUGUGUCCACACUGCUCUUCCAGUAAAGGUGUUCCUCCUCCUCCACCUCCUUCACUGCCGCCUUUGACACCUCGCCUGGAGAGUGCCUUGGUUGGGGAGGAGGGGCACAAUCGGGGGAUCUAGGGAGCCAAGAAGGGAACAGCAGUGGGCGGAACCUUGGAAUAAUAAAAAAGUGUUG